AUGGUAACUCUAUUUUUCUUCAUGAGUCGCCAUUGAUCUGGUUUAGUCAGUACUCACAGAAAUGGCACAAGAAGAAUACAAGGUGCUUGGUGAUAAACUCUUCACAUACAAAAAAAUGGUUUUACCUUUGAAAGGCUUUCAUAUCAAUUCGGUAGAAUAUGUGGACAGUUUGAGGGAUUUUGAAAUAAGGGAUGAUGACGUCUUUCUCAUUACCUUCCCGAAAUCUGGUAAGUCUAUCAUUUACUUGUUUCACAAGCAAAAGUGACUCUUAGUAGUUGUCCUUACAAAAUAAACCAAAGAACGCAAGAAAAAGCAGGCAAAAGGAAAAUGUCUUUAAAAUGUUGUUUGAUGUAGCAAUCUCUAAAUGUUCUGUUUCGUUUUACUUCUAGCAAAAAUCUAAUUUGACUGAAUCGAUAAAAUUUCAGACAAUAAGUGUGUUUAGAAGGAACAGUGCAUCCAAAUCUCACACUUUCCUUUUUCCACAAAAACAGUCAUUUUAAACUUGCUUUAGUCCCACUCGCAAAUCUCUUUUGCAUACUUUUAAAAAUGUUCAACUUUAGUCCUAAUAAAACAUUCUUGCAUUGCAACUUAAUGACGACUAUAUUUUAAUUUCUAUGUGAUCCAUACUUUCUUUAAAGAGUAGUUCUGUCCCAAAUGUAUGUUAUGUUUGCCUGUAUUACGCUCUUUCGGGAACAAUAUGGAGCCAGAGAAUCAUGACUUUAUGUAUGAGAAUGGUUUGUUGGGAAAAGAAGGCGAAACCACGUACGAGCAGAUGACCUGGCUGGAGCUUCUCCAAAAGGGGAAAGAUUACAACGCACGUCCAUCCCCGAGACUCAUCUCCUCCCAUUUACAUGAGCACUUGGUGCCUAAUGGACUGCAACAAAAAUGAAAAAUCAUCUACAUUAUAAGAAACCCGAAGGAUGUCAUGGUGUCCUAUAUUCAUUUUUCCAAAAACAUGAAGACCCUGGAUUCUUCCAAGAACUUAGACGAGAUGCUGGAAAAGUUUUUCACAGGAUGGAGUGAGAAAACAUUACUAAACCAAUAACCUUUCAUAUGUAAAAUGUCAUUUCAACACAAAUCUGGGCAAAUAAAUGAAUACUAUGGGGUGAAAGCGUACGCAAACUAAAACACAAGCAGUAUAAAUUAUGUUCUGUUUGGUUUGUAGCGGUCGGUGGAUGUUGGUUUGAUCACAUCAAAGGAUGGAUCUCAAAUAAAGACAAAUACAACAUCCUGAUCCUGACUUAAGAAGAGAUGAUCAAGGUCACAGAUUUAUCAUGCAGACACCAGAUUAUUUGGAGAUAGACCUCAGUAGAUUGGUGAUCCACAACGAGAAGUUCCUGAAUAUUCUGGAAGAAGUGAUGAAACUCAACUGGCUUCAUGAAAGAACCCAGCCGGGGAAGUUACAAUUGAUGGCAAAGACUCUUAGUUCCCUUGCCUCUCGUGCUGUGGAGAACAAUCAUUUCAUCGAUCUUCAAGUCCUCCUAGAACAUGUGGAUGUCAAUUCUGAAGACUAUAUGGGAUAUACACCUCUCCAUACAGCCUGUCAGUUGGGAAAUGGAGAAAUGGUUAUGUUCCUACUGGACAAUGGUGCAGUGAACCGCUCUAAACAUUGCCCAUUACACUUGGCCAUUAAGAACAGGAAUUUUCUAGUUAUCGAGCUCCUGAGGUGGAAAGGGUUCACUGUUAAACUACACCCAGUGAGAAUUGGCGUGGAAUUGAUCCAAACAGUACGAAAGAGAGAUCAUGCGCUACUGCAUGCCUGGUUUCUCUCAGGGGUGGACAUGGACACCUCUGACUACAAUGGGUGGACAGCAAUGAAGGAGGCUGUUCGCUUGGGGGAAAACACCAUGAUAACCAAGCUAGUGCACUACAGAAGCACGCCACUGUCCUCUGUGCCCGUGUACAGGAGGAGAAGAGUCUCGCUUUAAUCUUUCCCCUUCUGCAGACUCUCUACCCUGUACUGUAGAUAAACUUGUAAAUAGUUCUGUUCUUUUUCUUUUUGUGUUCUUUUGUCAAUAAGAUUGGUGUUUUAUCUGCGUUAUAAAUGUGUUUGAAUAAACUUUAUAAACUAACAUGCAA